AGCAUGCCUCAUGGCGCGCCUCGCCGCCAACCGCAUCCCAGCACGCUCGGGCAGAGGCCACCAGGCCGCCAAUCAGCGCGCUCGGUGUGCCUUAGCGCUGGGAGCGGGAGCGGCGUCCGCGCCUGCGCCAAGGAGCCGGCGCGGGGAGCGCAGGGGCUGGUGCCAAAAUGGCGGAGCGCGGCUACAGCUUCUCCCUCACCACCUUCAGUCCUUCUGGGAAGCUUGUUCAGAUUGAAUAUGCUUUGGCUGCAGUAGCUGCAGGAGCUCCAUCAGUUGGGAUUAAAGCUGCAAAUGGAGUGGUGUUGGCAACUGAGAAGAAGCAGAAAUCCAUUCUGUAUGAUGAAAGGAGCGUCCACAAAGUAGAACCAAUUACCAAACAUAUAGGUUUAGUGUACAGUGGUAUGGGUCCAGAUUACAGAGUACUUGUGCACAGAGCUCGGAAGCUGGCCCAGCAGUAUUACUUGGUUUAUCAUGAGCCCAUUCCAACAGCUCAGCUCGUACAGAGAAUUGCCUCUGUGAUGCAGGAGUACACGCAGUCUGGUGGUGUUCGUCCCUUUGGUGUAUCGCUGCUAAUAUGUGGCUGGAAUGAGGGGCGGCCGUAUUUAUUUCAGUCGGAUCCAUCUGGAGCUUAUUUUGCCUGGAAAGCAACAGCAAUGGGAAAAAACUACGUCAAUGGGAAAACAUUUCUUGAGAAAAGAUACAAUGAAGAUUUGGAGCUUGAAGAUGCCAUUCAUACAGCUAUCUUAACACUAAAGGAGAGCUUUGAAGGGCAAAUGACAGAAGACAACAUUGAAGUUGGCAUCUGUAAUGAAGCUGGUUUUAGGAGGCUCACUCCAACUGAGGUUAAGGACUACUUGGCUGCAAUAGCCUAGUAGAAACCCGAGCUAGACUGUGGUUCACACAAAGGUCUUUUUAAUUUUGGCUACUUAAAUGUUUUUCUUUGCAGUUUUUGCAUACUUAUUUCUACAUGGUUUGUCUGAGAGAUUUUUUAAACAUCAUGGAUGCAAAUACAACGGUCCUUGAUAUUGUAAUACAUGGAAUCUUGUUAAAGAUAAUUCUUUCCCUUGAUACACAAAAUACUGUACAAAAUGUAAAGUUAUAGUGACAGCUUGAAAAAGGCUAAAGAAUAAAAUCAGAGGCCAUUGUUUUGGGGGAA